AUAUCACCAUCUAAACAAUACCUAUCAAUAAAUCUGUGAACAAAUGUUUGAGUUCUUUUAAAUAGAACAUGCUUACCUACAUCAAGAAUUCAGUUUCUUACAUUCUAUGUUCAGUUCUUUUUGUUGAAGAAUACGAAUCAGGAAUAAGUUAUGCCCGAAUUACUAAGUGAUAACUGGUGAUUUUUAUGUUUGAGAAAGUGUAUUUACUAACUAAGUUUUGAACUUAUUUUCGCAUUGAAAUCAUUUGUAAAACCAACUGAAAUGAGUUUUUCAAACUUUAGACCGGAAGAGGCCGGAGUAUAUGAAUUAAUCACAAAGCUUUGUGAGAACACUGCCGCUGAAUAUUGUAAUCAAAGUAGGGUUUCUCAUAAAGCUCUCACUGCGAGACUACGAUCUCAGUCAUACGAGAUAAUACUAAAGAAGUCACCUUCAGAAAUACCAGAAACGAAAACUGGUCCUUUCACAGAUUUACUGUCUCAGUAUUUUAUAUCACAGAAUAAUUCCAAAAAUGUAGCAGAAUAUAAAAGGUCCAUCGAACUUAAGAAAUUAGUACACACUAUCCGGUCUGCAGACUUUGGUGAAAAAGAUGAACAUGUUCAACAAGUUUUCAAGUUCUUAAUCAGCUUGAAGAACUCUGCACCAGAAGACUUCUCAAAUGAGAUGUUUCAGAAACCAUUUUCAUUCGGACUAUUGGAUGAAAUGUUACCAAAACCAAGAAAGGAAGUUUUUGGAUCACCUGAACCUUAUUCAUACUUCCCGUCAUAUGUGUUUAAACUGCCUUAUUCAGUUAAAUGUCAGGAGUCAAAUUUAUCAAAUAAUGUAUCUUACUGCUACACAGAGGGUACAGUUGAAAGCUUUAACUCCAGAGGAGUGCUCCCUAACAACCAACCACAAAGUGGAAUAGUGAACAUAAAAAAAUUCCUCAGUCCAAUGUCACUAGCCUCUAUGACAUCUUCUGCAUUGUCUCCCUACUCUGACAGUAUGAUGAAUGACUUUCCACGUCUAACAGAUCCAAGAGAUAUACAAAUACCUUCAUCUGAAACUUUGGAAGCAAAUGUUAAAGUAUCUCUUGCAAACACAAGUGUCCGUACAGACAUGAAGGAAGUAUUUCACAAAAGCAACUCAGUUAAUAUUUGGGAUUUAGCUUUACAAGUUGAUAAAGAUAUACCUGAAAACAUCUGGGACAUUGUUGCCAAACUUCCCCCAGUAAAUGAAAGACUGCUCAUAGCUGCUUCAACAAGAGAAAUGGCUCUAUGGAGACAGAUUUACGCUCAUGAGCUACCAGAUCUUAGCGUCAUAUCAGAAAAACAGUUCAUAAGGCAUAUAAUGUAUUUACUAAUCGGUGUAGAAACUACUUCGUUUCUGUUUAAUCAAGAAACGAAUCGUUUUAAUAUUAAAGAAAACUUAGUUCUAGAGGGUAUAUCCAAGGAACAUUUGCAGGCAUACGUUGCCCCGUUGCUUCUUGUUGGCACAUUUUAUAAGAGACUUUACAACUUCGCCUUUGAUCUCACGGUAGAGGAUUAUUUUCACAGCAAAGGAUUGGUUUUUGAGGCUGCAAGAGAAGCAAUAAGAAGUUAUUUGCUAGAGUUCCGCUUAGUUGCGACAGUCAUUUACGAAGAAAGCUGUAAAAGUACAGGCGAGGUUAACAUAAUGCCCACAUUGUUGCAAAUUUUAUAUCACAUUGAACCCCUCGAGUAUGAAAUUGAAACCAUCGCUUCUAUUUAUAAAUUGGUCGAUACGGAUUCAACAUCCAUACCAUAUGGUGCAGAGCUAAUGUCAUAUUUAUUUAAUGAAAUAUCCCUGGUGACGCACAGAAAGACUGCGCAGACUUUGUAUAAUUCCUUAUUUUCCAUCUGCGCUGUCUAUUUCAAAUUCAUUGAACGAUUUAUAUUUGAAGGUGAAAUAGACGACAUUUACGAUGAAUUUUUUAUACGCAAAGAUGACGCUUAUGUUAAUUCUCGUACCAAGCGAUACUGGGAUAAAGGCUUUCAUAUAGCCCUCAGCGAUGCUAUUCCGGAUUUCUUGAGACAGUUGGCAUCGUUUAUAUUACUCUGUGGCAAAUCCUUCAGGCUACUGAAACAUUGUAAUCCUAAUGAUCCUCUAGUUCUCUUAAUAUCAUCGGACCAUCCAUCAGUACGUUGCUGUGCUAGCUUUGAUGACCUUGAACACCAACAGCAGUUACUAGACGUUUACCGAACAAGGUGUUUAUUCGUGAGCGGUGAACUUGUCACUUUCGAACAAAUACUGCUAAAGCGGGAGGCAGAAAGAAAAGCAUUUACUGAAAUGGCAUCCUUAAAACAAGCCGAAACUAUGGAAAAGAUUGUUGCGGAAAGAAAGAGGUUAGCUCAACUUAUAAUAGCAGAGAAACAACAUUCGUUAAGAGUGUUAGAAGCAGCAAUGGCUGAGGCUAAAGCUGCUAAGAAUAAAAUUAAAAAGCGUGCAAGAAAUAUUUCUAAAUUAGAAGAAGCUGCUGGAAAAGCCACAGACGAAAUGGAUUCAAAGUUGAGGGAUGAUGAAAGAAGCAAAAUGAUGGAAUAUUAUUCAAAAUUAAAUGUGGAGGUAGAGAAAAGUAAGAUACACACGGAAUGGAAAAUUAAACGUUUGCAAUUAGAUCAAAGUAGAAUGCAACUACUAUCUACAGAGGAAAGAAAUUUAAAGAGAGAAAAACUAGAAUUGGAACAUCAACGUAACGAAUCAGUUAUGGCAAUGUCCAUCCAAAGUGACUUUAAAUCAGAAGAAGAUCUGGAUAGCAUUGAUAACAACAAUGGAGACGAAGAUAAUUCUAAAACAACAGACAGCACGCCUUCUGUUGACUUACCUGAAGAGGCCAAAUUUACUAAUAUUUCAGAACAAAACAAAAAUAAACAAAGAGCGCAAACGUCGACCGACGUCUUAAAUGCUAUAUGUAACGUCGCUAAAAGCUUCUUUGGCGUUUCCAAAUCAAAGGACGAAAAUCCUUGUGAUAACGAAGUCGAAGUCGAUGCUCAAGGAAAUGUUGUUACCACCAAUUCAGAAAAUAAUCACAAAUUAAAGGAAAACGAAACAUCAAGUAACGUAAUUGGUUAUAAACUAGACAAUACAUUCGAUAAUUUGCAAUUUUUGGAAAGAAACCAAGAAGCAUUAAAAAAUAAACAAAAAGUCAUGUCCCAUGAAUUUGGACAAACAGACACUGAGAAUAAUCGGAUUAAAGAUCCUCAACUGAAACUAACUUCGCUCGACGAAGAAAAUAAUAUUGAAGAAGAAUGGUCGCCUUAUGCCGAAGCCAAAAGGAACAAACUCAAAGUACUGGGUGUAGAAUUUGAUAUUAGCAAUCAGAAGAAGGUAGUUGAGCAACCUAGAACUGAUGCUCAAAAGGAAGCAGUUAUCAAUAAAAAUAAAGUCUUAGGCGUCGAAUACAAUAUCCCAGCUGUAAAAGUUGCAGCUAGAGAGCCAGCUAAUAUUGCCCAAGAGGAAGCUUUACGAAACCGAAAUAAAGUUCUCGGCUCAGAAUAUGAAAAUCGUUUGAAUUCCCAAAGUAAACAUGACUCUCCAAAAAAAUCUAGUUUGCGGUUAAACUUGAAACCCUACAGCGAAACUACGUUCAGCCAAGAAAAACUCAUAGCAACCCCAAACACAGGAGCGAUCACACCUGGCGAUUUAUUUUCCACGCUCGACCUCGAAACACCAACAACUGCUGAAAUGCCAGCUGACGGUGGAAACACGAGUGAUAUAUUCUCACCUCACAGUGAGUGCAAAGAAUUGGAGUCCAAUAAAGUUAAACCAGACAAAGAAUUCCUCACAUCGAAUGGGUUUAACUUCUCAAUGAUAGUUGAUGAUGAAACAGCUGGCAUUAGUGACGUGCAAACUGAAGCUAGUCCUGAAAAUUCUCCUUCUAAAAGCGUAGACUUCUGCGAUAUCCCAAUAUCAAUCAGAAGAACUUCGAUAUUCAAUAUUAUAGAUGGUUCAUACAGUCUAGAAACGUUCGAUCCAUUCGGUGUGAAAUAUUUGCAAAAUUACUCAAAGGAUUUCUUUAAGAAUAAGAUGAAUAACGAUGAGGAUUCCUUCUACACGCAUCCAGGAAUAACUAUGGAAGAAGUUAAGAAGAAACCUUACAAUAAUAUUUUCGCAUCACACUGCGACAUUGAAACUGAUGAAAAGAUUUCUUGUGACAACAUAGCUACAUUGACAGCAUGCUUACAGAGAUCUGUUAUGCUGCCGCUAACAUAUCAACUCGAAGUUGUAAACAAUUCGAUCCUAACUCAUUUCCUAGUCAACUUAGACCUGUAUGAGCACUUAAGGAGUUUGAAGGAUUACUUCUUUCUGAUGGAUGGAGAGUUUUCUAGAAGCAUCUGUCAUAAUCUGUUCACAAAAUUAACGAAAACGCUAAAUCCACAGGAGUUGUUGAACUUCGCAACUUUGCACAAUAUUUUGGAUAAAGCUCUCGGAUCGUCGAUAUCACAUGUACACAAGUUCUCGGAAAACCUGUCAUUCACUAUAACAGAGUCACCGCUUAGUUUCCAACACAGUUCGCCCGACGUUCUUCAGUGCCUCUCACUUACGUACAGUGUGAGCUGGCCUUUGAACAUAAUCCUGUCGCAGGAGGCGUUGCUGAGAUAUGCUAAAGUGUUCCAGUUUUUAGUUAAAAUGAGACGAAUAUUUUGGGUGCUUAGUGAAGAUUUUGAGUCUUUAAAGUUAACGGCAAAAUUGUCCAAACAUCAUUCUCGAAAACUACUAAAAUCGCCUCAGUACAUCUCGAUACAGAUAUAUAGACAUAUAAUGGCGUCCCUAAUAAGGGCCUUGGACAAUUACAUAGUCACGACAUGUAUACUGACGUCUUGGACGGAAUUCGAAAAUGAUCUUAAAAAGGCUAGAACCCUCGACGAUUUGUAUGAGUGCCACGUCGUGUAUAUAAAGAAAGUCCUCUUUAGGUGCCUUUUGAAUAAAAGAUCUACGCCUGUUAAUAGAAAUUUGAAUGAUAUAUUCACUAUAGCGUUGAAAUUCAGCAGGGUUUUGAAAGCUGGCGAAUGGCAGCAAAAGGAACCCAACGGUUGUUUCACGCACACGAACUUCGCGCAACUCGAAGAGAUAUACAAUUUGUUCGAGAAAAUAGCGAAGUAUCUGCACAAAGUGAUAACACGGCUGAUGGAGUACGGGUAUCAGCGGCAUUUGGUUGAACUGCUGACAAUGGUUAACCUGAACGGGUACUAUGAUCCGGAAUCAUCCAAAGAAGAUACCAAUACCAGUGUCCAAUCUACGUGACGACCCUGUUAAAUUUGUUGGUCAAAAAAAAUAUACUAGUGGUGUGCAAAGUGGUGCUUAUCGAUGUUUUUUUUUAAUAUAGUCCAGAGCGAGACAUGCGAUUGUAAGGGCGUUGCCUCAUUAGUGCGUUGCGUUGCGUCGUUGCAACGUAUAAAGUUAUAUCCCUGAAAAGGGAUAAAAUUAAGUUGUCCAUCUGCCAAAUCACGGCUACAGGGAAUAGCAGAAGUUUACCCCUGUUUAUUAUUACACGUAUAUUAUUUGUAUAUUAUUUCUACCUGUGCGCCUAUGCUCAGAGAGUUUAUAAAGCUGUCGGAGAAGAUACAAUUUUAUCUCUUUUUUAUCUCCUCGGGGAGAAAAAUGUCUCCUGCUAACAGAGUGCAGCAGAGUGAGUUGCAAUGGCGAACCGCUGCACUCUGUGGCAUUUCAUAAUGAACUGUUAGCAUUAUUUGCUAUAAUAUAUACUCCGCGAAAAGCAGGAGAAUAUUUUUAAUAUUAAGCUUAAUGCAAAUUGUAUAUCAUGGAAUUAUCGCAAAGUAACGUCUGUAAAUUAAAUCAAUGCCAGCAUCUAUCAAAUACUAGAAUAUUCUAUGGUACACUUUUAAAUUUUUGCAAUUGUUUUUAUUGUAAAACAAGAUAAAAAAAAACCGAAACUCGAACAU